AACCAUAAAACAUUACAAAGAGCAGUCUUAAAAUUUGUCAAUGACAGACUUGUUGACAGAGAUGACGCCGAUUGGAAAGAUGAAGUCCAACAAAAGUUCUUAGAAUGCAAAGAAGACACAUGCGCUGUUCUUGAAGAUGAAAUAGAAAACAGAAUAGAUGAGCUAUUAAAGGACAAAGAACUUUUACAGAAAUAUGGUUCUGAGAAAUUUGACAUAUCUCCACCAGAAAAGAAGAAGAGAGAAAAGAAAGUAGAAGAAGAGAAGAAAGAACCAGAGCCAAUUCCAGAGAAAAAGAAAUUUGACAUGUAA